AUGUCCAACCCCAUGAAAGUCCUACUACUUCUAAGUCCCAACUUCCAACCCCCCAAGACUUGUACAGUUCUAAUUCUUUACAUAUAUAAAUAGAAGUAUGUACUUUACUUUGCUAGGAAAACUACAUUCCCCUACUUUCCUUGAUCUUCUCUAUCAAAAAAGAAAAGCUGUUUAUUUCCCUCCAUAUUCAACCUUUUUCAAGUUUGUUCUCUGAUUUUGUUUUGACCAUGGUUUGCAGUGACUCUGUUUCUCCUUCAUCCCCUUCUUCUCAAAUCACUCCUACGCCGAAUUCCCAAACUGCGACUGUGAUUGUCAGCCCUUGUGCUGCCUGUAAGAUCCUUCGCCGGAGAUGUGUUGACAAAUGUGUUUUGGCCCCUUACUUUCCUCCCUCUGAGCCUCUCAAGUUCACCAUUGCUCAUCGUGUUUUUGGGGCGAGCAAUAUUAUCAAGUUCCUCCAGGAACUGCCAGAAUCACAAAGGACAGAUGCAGUGAGCAGCAUGGUUUACGAAGCAAAUGCAAGACUAAGAGAUCCAGUUUACGGGUGUGCUGGCGCAAUAUGUCAGCUUCAGAAACAAGUGAACGAGCUACAAGCACAGUUAGCCAAGGCUCAAGCCGAACUUGUGAAUAUGAAAUGUCAACAAACCAGUCUUUGGGCGUUAAUUCGCAUGGAAAUGGAUCAUUCUCCUCCGUCCAACACCUCAUCUAAGUCACAGUCGCCUGAACAUCCUAACAGCUUGAGUAAUUAUGAUUGCUUCAUUGAUGACAACAAUUUAGAAGGGUCGCUUUGGGAGCCUCUUUGGACAUGAGUGUAGUCCCACAUGGACCCUCCAUGGUGGAUCGAGUGGAGCGAAUGGAGAAAAAUUGGAUAAAAAUGAGUUUUUUUUAAGAAAAUUUCGAAAUAACUUUCAGAAAAUUUUAAUUCUCAAAAUAAGUGUCUCCGUGUCUGAGCUUAAGGUCAAGAGAAAAAAAAAUUACCAUGACUUUAUCCGUUAUUAUUAACAGCGAAUAAAAAAAAGACAAAGGUUUUGACUUUUUUUGACCAGUUUUUUGUUCGCUAUUAAAAGCAUCGGACAAAUAGAUGAUCUCAGUUUUAAUAUGGAGACGCUUACUUUGGAAAUUAAAGUUUUUCGAAGCUUAUUUUGAAAUUUUUUUCAAAAAAAAGUUGUUUUUUUUUUCAAAUUUUCGCAAAUAGAUUUAGAAAAAUCAAUGCUCCAAUCAAUCCAAACAUGAUCCAUUGACAUCUCUACUCAACUCCCAGCUAAAUUUAGCUAUAAUGAGCACAGGAGAUUUACUAUAUAUGUAUAAUAUUAUUAUUAAAGUAAUGAAGCAAAGUAGCUUGGGGUCAUAGUUGUAUGAAAAGGUUAGGUUAUAAUUUUAAAAAAUAUAAUGUAGUGGUGUAAUGCUAAAGUAGAUUAGAAGUCUAUCCACUCAUGUAAUCUUCAACUCCAUGAGACAUGAGAUUUGUCAACUUUGUAAGUUUUUUUCUUAUCAUGUUCUUCAUAAUUCAAAUAUAAAACUACUUUUUGGUAACCUAAUAUCACUAUGUAAUG